CGUUGAUCUCAAAGGUUAGCUUGAAGUCUGUUUCGCACAUUAGCUAUCGCUCACAACUGCUUGAUGGGAAUUGAAUUCACUUGGGAAAAAAGGAUUUGUUUUCGAUAUUCCUUUAUUGAUCCGUCGCCUAACAAGAAAAAUGGAUUUGAGGCCUAAAGGAACUACUGCAGUUGUCGUCCUCCUGGUUCUUUUCACAUUCUGCAAGUUCAGUGAAACACAAAAUCUUUGCUGGGUGGAAAACAAUGUAGCGCUGUUAAUUUUUUUUCCGGAAAACAACGAAAUUGGUGCCACGGUAACAACAGUCACCGCUGAGGCAGGGGUGACGGCUACAAUCACUCGUCAGGAUCCAGAGGGUCUCUUCAGCCUCAACGAAUACGAUCUCAUUGCUGUAACUGUGCUGGACUUUGAGACAUUUGACCCCAACAAACCUCACGAGGUGAAUAUCGAGUGUACAAGAGCUGACUCUCCCUCUACCACACUGAAUUUGAAAAUAGUCGUGGAGGAUACAAAUGAUAAUCCACCGGUGUUUGCACAGAGUCAGUACACCCUUGAUGUCGAUGAGUUAUCAAAAGUGGAUACCAGUGUUGGCCUAAUCACAGCAACCGAUCCUGAUAAAACUGCUAGACUUUUCUACCAACUGGAUUCUCCUGAGGGAGAAUUUGACCUGGAGACCAAUUUCAAUCCCAACAUUCUGGUGACAAAAGUGCUGGAUUAUGAUCAAACUAAAAAAGUCACAAUGACACUAUAUGUGCAGGACACACCGAUUGGAUCUAAAGCUGAAGCCUCCCACACUGCCUCAACCACCAUUAUAGCCAACAUCAUAGACAUCGACAACCGUCCACCGUGGAUCCAGCCUUGUACAGAAGCCGUGUUGGGCACAAGCAAAGUGUGCAUGAGCUCUGGUUAUGAAGGGACUGUCAACUUAAACGAACAAGCGACAGGUCCUUUGUCCCUGAAGCCAGGUCCGGUCAUGGCCAUUGAUGGUGACACAGGCAGGAACGAGCCCAUUGGCUAUGCAUUUCUUGGAGGAAAUGUGGAUGACGUAUUUCAAAUCGACAAUGACACUGGGAGCAUCACAAUGCUGAAACCGGUUGGGGUUGCAGGACCGAUCGUCCUUUCAGUCAUGGCGUAUCAGAAAGAGAACGCCGAUCAGUUUGCCACCGCUACUGUCAUCCUGAAGGUGGUGAAAACCACCAAGUUCCCUCCGACAUUUGUGAAGCCCAGUUAUGAAGGCUUUAUCUCAAAGGAUGCAGGUCUGGACAGUCUGGUUCUGGAGAGCAAAACGUCCAACAGACCCCUGAGAGUCCAAGCUACAGAUAAAGACUUUUCUGAUGGCUAUAAUCCUAACCUCAGGUUUGAGUUUGUAGCUGGCGCUGACUUCUCAAUCACUCCAGAGGGUUUCAUACUCAUGGCGAAGACGGUUUCACCAGGCACUGUACAUUUAGAAAUGAGGGUGGUUGACACAGACAAUGAAGAAUCAAGCACAGCUUCACUUGUGGUUGAAGUCACUUCAGGGGGACAGCAGGUGAAAGCAGGCGAGUUCAGUUCGGGAGAUAUGGCGGCUGUAGGGGCUUCUUUGGCUGUGGUUAUCGUUCUGUGCUUGGUUUGCAUUGGACUGAUGGUGCACCGAAUCAAGGGCCAUAACACAGACUGGAAGAAGAUUUCCGAGGCUAGCGCCUUCCGUAGCACACUUGGUGGAGGCUCGGGUGGUCCUAAAGUGGGUGUACAGUACUGCAAUGAGGGCUUCCAGCUCGAUGCUGAUUCUGGAAGUGUUAACUCUAAGUUAGCUGCAGACCUGGAGAACAAACUGGAGUCGGGACUGAACAAGACGACCCCUAGCGCCCUUCUCCAGACCACCAGCAGCCCUCCAGUCGACUCCAGCAGCCUGUCAGGGUCAGAAACCAUCGACGGCGAGAAGGAAGUCAAACCCAUCCUGACCAAAGAGCGGCGCAAUGAGGAGGGAUACAAAGCGGUCUGGUUUAAGCAAGAUGUCGACCCCAGCACCAAAGAGGAAGUGGUCAUCAUUCCCGACGCUGGUGAAGCGGAUGCAGGCCACGAGGAAGAUGACGACACCGAGGAAGAGGAUGACCUAAGGACUGACAUGGAUUCGGACGAUGAGGACGGACUGAUGACUGAUGAUUUGUAGACCUCAGAUUGCUUUCUCCAGUGCGACAACUGCAAAACACAAGGACUUGAGUUCAGCUCAAACGUUAGACACUUUAGUUUUAUAUGUUUGUGUUCCUGCAUUGCAUUAGCAGCGCAAGGUUGUAGGUUCGAUUCCCAGGGAGCACAUGUUAGGUAAAAAAUGUUAGCCCGAAUGCACUGUAAGUUGCUUUUAUCCAAAGCGUCUGCUAAAUGCAUUCAUUCAGUACAGUAGGAGCUUUCAGAGAUUCAUUAUAAGUUAAUUUCCGUGUUUUAAAGUCUAUACAUAUGUUUUCCUUUUUCAUAUUACUUUCUGUUAGCAAGUCUGUAAAUAUGGUGCACAAAAUGAAUUUAGUUUUCAGUUUCUAGCAUGAAAGGUCAACGUGAAAUCAAAACUGACCCCGUUUGCUUUCUAAAUAUAUGUUGCUGGUUUUUAUUGUGAGUGAUUCAUCAGUGCACAUGAUUCUGAAUUAUUUUUAUUUUUUUAUGUCACUCAGAAAAUAGAUGGAGGUAAAAUGGGUUGUAAACUGUGUUUCACGUUGACUAUGCUGUGUACAAAAAUACUUUUAUUAAUAGUUAACAAUUUAAAAUGUAAAUUGUUUAAUGUCAGUUCUUU